AUGUCACAGGAGAUAUCACUAAGCUUGGAAGAGACAAACAAGAUACGAAUUCAACUAGGCUUAGAACCUAUAGUGGAGAAGCCAGCAACACAAAGCAACGUCAUCGAGUUGUCACUCGAGGAAACGAAUAAACUUCGACUUUCAUUAGGGUUGAAACCAAUACCAGAUGAGUCAUCGACUACCAACACAGCCAAGGGUGUUGAAUCUAAGUCGAUCAACAGAGUUAAUGAUGAGCUACUAUCGCAAAAACUCACCAAGGCAAAAGUAGCGUCUGAGAAGCGUAAAUUGAUGGAAACCUCACAAGAAGGAGAUGAUGACGAAAUAGAUACCGAUAGCUGGCUACUGAAAGUUGGCAACUCCCAAUCUACAAAGAAACAGAAAAUAGAACAAGUUCCCUCCAUAAAAGAUUCCCAUUUGGUGAAUGCUCAUAUUGGUCAUAGUACACGAGAAUUGCAAAAUUUGCGCAACAAUGACAUCUUGACACUCCAGGACACCAAUCUAUUGAAUGAUGACGACGACGAUGACGGUGAAGGUGAUGUGCUUGUGAACGAAGCUCUAACUGCUGAGGCUAAAGUGAAGAAUAACUUGAAGGAGAGAAGAGAAGCGGAGAUGAUCAAGUUUAAUGGACGUCAUUAUAGACGUAACAACGAUGAAGACGAUGAUGAUGAGGGUGAUAGAAUGGAUAAAGGUAAUCGCACUGAUGGUGUCAUCAAGAAGAAACCAGUCGUAAUAAAAAACUCCAACAUCAACUUGAACAAGUCUGCUGAGGUUGAAAUGGACAAAGCUGAGUCGCUACCUGUGAAUACAAUGAAAUUUAGCAACUUUUUUGGCAAUUUGGAAAAAGAAUUGAGUGGUGAAUCUACUCCAAAACCACAAAUCAAGAUGAAGAAGUUAAAGACAAGGAAACCCUUUGAGGGGGCUAAACGUAUUGCAUCACCGAGAGUUAAAAUUGAUGAUUUUGAACAACUACCAAAUAUCGAUGAGAAUGAGUACGAUAAUUUGCAGGAGAGCCUUGUGGCCAACGCAAGUAAGCUGAGACUGCAAAGAGCAAGGCAAAAAAUGACCCCAGAAGAGAUUGCAAUUGAAAUAGCCAGAAAUAAAAAGAUUGCCAUGGAGAGAAGAUUGGAAGAAGAGUCAAUGAGACGUCAGUAUCUGGCACUAUUAUCCAAUGAGAUUCAAGGUGUAGAGGACCUUGACACUUUGGGAUUUUUGAGCAAUUUGGAAAAUAACAUUUUAGGAGAAAAUAAUGGUGAGGAGCAAGACACAAUCGAUGAAGAUAUAUUUGAUUCGCAUGAGAAACAAGUCAAUGGCACUAUUCAUGGUCAUACCAGUGAUGGUGCUAAAACUAGUCAAGUCAAUGGAAGAAUGAGCUCUAGUACAAACGAUCCAAAGGAGAAUCUGCCCGAAGCAGUCACCAUGGAGACAGAUCAACAAAAAUCACAAACACGGGGAGCAUCUGAGAAUGAAAAUGACAACCAUCCCAGAUUCAACACUGGUCUAGCAGAUACCCUCAAAUUUCUCAAAUCUAGAACAAACGAUAAUUCCAUUCUCCAAAAUAGAUCCGACACUUCUUCAAUCUCGAUACGUGAAGAACUCUCCAAGCAAACUGAACUUUUGAAAUUAAAAGUUGACAUAGAGGAACGAAUACUUCGAGACGAAUUGUCCACGAACAAAGAGUACAUGAAACUAUCGAAACUCGAUCGAGAAGUACAGUUUGAAGUUGAGUUGGACAAGAGAUUGGCCGAAAAGGGUAUUGUUGUUGAAUCUGGUCAAAGCAAGAGAUUCAAUCAAAGUAAUGGACGUAAGACUAGACUGGGUAAUAAACUGGUCACCAGUGAGAAGAAUCUGACACUUGGAUCAUCAAGUGGAAGUGACGGCGAUAAGUACUCUACCUACAAUCCCAAGGUGGAGUUGCAUUACAAGGAUGACGAAGGUCAGUCGUUGGAUACGAAACAGGCGUAUAAGCAUUUGUCACACAAGUAUCAUGGUAUGACUACAAGUCAGAGAUUGGCCAAGAGUAUGAAGAAAAGGGAAAAGGAGAAGAUUGGUAAAGGGCCAGUGACAAGGGAAAGUAUAGUGGAUUAA